UCGGCUGCCAGAGACUGAAUAACAGCCGCAGCGAUAGGUCGGCGCCUGACAGCGGGCCACUGACAGAGUGCAAUGUUGCGGCGUCCGGUGGGGUAGAGUUUGGUCUGGGUAACGAGGGCCGCAGCCUCAGGAAAGUGCAUCCCGUGAAAGGAUUCUAGUGGUCCUGAGACAUAUGGUGCUUCUCUCUGGAUGCUCUCCACCGACAUCCUAGCUUCAAUCUUCUCCAAGCUCAGUCAGAACAGAACAAUGUUCCUGGUUGGCCUGACCGGCGGGAUUGCAACGGGGAAAAGCACAGUUGCCAAUGUGUUUCGUGAACUUGGAUGUCCUGUUAUAGAUUCUGAUCAGAUAGCAAGACAGAUUGUCCAGUUAGACUCACCUGUGUACUGGGCAAUAGUGAAUACCUUUGGUCAGGAGAUCCUGCUGGAGGACAGAACAAUCAACAGGGAGAGGCUGGGCAACAUUAUUUUCUCCGACAGAGAGAAGCGGCAGCUCCUGAAUUCCAUCACUCAUCCUGCUAUCCACAAAGCCAUGCUCAAACAAGUCAUUAAAUAUUUUAUUCAAGGGUAUCGGUAUGUUAUUCUUGAUGUCCCACUUUUGUUUGAGACUAAAAAAGUGGCUAGAUUCAUGAAGCAUACCAUAGUUGUUUACUGUGACCCUCAAGCCCAGCUGACCCGGUUGAUGCAGAGAAACAACUUGAUCCAGGAAGAUGCAGAGCAACGCAUUAGUGCCCAGAUGCCAUUGGAACAGAAGCGGAAGAUGGCGAGCCAUGUGAUUGAUAACUCUGGUGAUCCUGCCAGUACAUACCGGCAAGUUUACAAGCUGCACUCUCAGCUAGAAGACUCCAUGGACUUUUUAGCAGUAAGGUUGCUAGCUGUGGUCACCGUCACUGGAUUUGGAGGCCUUUUGUACAUGUUGAUGAAAAGAUGUAUUAUUUAAGGUCUGCUGUGACAUGUGAAAAUCUUUUAGCACUAAAUGGAACAGGUAUAAGUUGGGAGUAGUAAACAGAGAAUGGACGUGUUGCUGCUGAACAAUGUUCAUUUAAAUUAAUUUCUCUUUUGUGAUAGUCAUUUUCUCUCGUCCUAUAUCGCUAUAAGAUUGAAGAGAUUUCUGCACAAAUUAUCAAUAAGCUGCUUUCUGUUUUUGUCAGCUUAUCAGAACUAAAAUGUACGAAUCACGUGACGAAAUUUCCAGUGCUUUGAGAUAGCUGCAUCAUUAAACUCUGCCGAGUAUACAAGCCUUUAAUUGAAUAUCAAAGACUCUUGUCUGGAUAUGCUUUACUUCCAAGCUCGCAAGAGAUAUUUGUGAAAUUUGACUGUGUAGGUUGCCCUCGGUGGCCUGCAAUACUGUUGCUUUUUUUUUAAAUGACCAGAAUAAAUCCAAACUAGACCGAUAUCAAUAUACAAAGUAAAUGUCUAGAUUUCCAACACCACCACACAAUCUCUCUCUUCAGGAGAAAUGUAUGGCUCCAACAUGUUUUUAUAGUGGCACAGUGUGGAUUGCCAUUUCACAAAGCCUGCUAUUCAUUACUGUGAUUUGCAACAGUAAAAGCUCCGUCUUUUAUUUAAUAAUACCCUGCAUGUUGGACUUAAUUUAUUUGUGCAGGUGAGGUGAGUGAACUUGCAUGAUAGUAGUUAAUAUAUUUUUCGUGGCCUGCACAUUGGGUGCAGAUUUGGAACCUUGAUCAGUGCAAAAUCAAAAAAAGAAAAGUGACUUAAAUGCUGUGUAACUAGGUACGGGACCAACAGUCGGUUCAAUCCUGUAGGUAGUGUAGUGGAAAUGCAUAAUGUAGUGAUAUCCACUUACAAAUAAAUUACCAUGUGGGAUCAUUUGGAAA